AUGAUUGAGGGUGACCGCGUGAUUGGAAAGUGUUGGAUCGUCCCAGUCGCUGUAAGCAGUGAGCAGCCUGACAAAGGCACAGGAUAUCCUGCGCCGGUUCUACGCACUGUAUCACCAGUGCGCCUUCACAGCCCAGUGCGUCCUGUGCCAGCGCCCAACACUUGCCGGGCUAAAGUGAGCAUCCGUUGUGCCAGCUCAAUGCUCCAGACCUCCAGUGCGCCUCCACAGUCCAAAGUCACGUGGCUGAAGGAUGAUGUUCCUGUGCUGAAGCGGGUCAGUAUCUCCAACUCUGAAUCGUCAUCUCCGCUAGUGAUCACUUCAUCUGAGUGCUCUGAUUCAGGGAUCUACACCAUAGGGGUCAAAAACCUAGUGGACCAGGAAACCUUCAGCGUGGAGGUUAGGGUUACAGAUGAUCCCAAGCCCCCAGGACCAGUAGAACUUGAGGAGAACGUCCCAGGCACUAUGACAGUGAUCUGGGAACCAUCACCUGAUGAGAUGUGUGACGAUCACCUCCACUACUCUGUGUCUAAACGAGACUCCAUCAAAGGCUCAUGGAGCACAGUGGCCCGACAGGCUCUUCAACAACAAGUUCACCACUUCCUUGUCUAUGCUAAGAAGGACACGGGCAUGUCUGCCCCAUCUGAGUCGUCCACCUGGGGAAGAACAUUUGUGGUGAACAUGCCAGCCUACAAGACCUGUGAUUUGCAGACUGCUCAAUCGUUCCUUCUGCCACUGAGACAGCACACAGCUCCCAAAGUCUGCGGGACCCCCAAAGACUCGGGCGAGUACACCAUCCAAAUAGAAAGUGCCCAGGGGAGGGCCGAGUGCUCCACCAAACUCAGUCGGAGAUGA